CGCGGUCCCUUGCACAGGAAAACAGCCUACAGAGAUACCUGUAGACAACUAAAUUCCACACAAACAUACGCGUUUCGAAAAACCGAAGAGGAAGGCUGUGAGAUAUCGUUAAUACCUUUACAUGAGAAACAUAGACGUUUGUUGCAUAUAUGGAAACAAAGUUUCGCGUACUGUGGCUUUCAAUUAAUACGCUGCUACCUGUUGAACAAUUCAGUUUAUCUGUAUGAUACAUCGGAAAACCCUAGACUAUGUGAAUGUGAUCUGUGUAUAGUGUUUGUGUUUGAAACAAUCCGUGUGUGUCCAGUCAAUAAGGAAUAUCCCGGCAAGAAAUAAACAAUAACGUACAAACAAACGUAUAGAAUUGACAUAUAAAGAGAUUCUUCUAUUAGACUGAGAAAUAAUCAUUAAAUACUCUCUCAAACGACGUACUUAGAAUCCGUGAUUCGAACAUUCAAUUGUGAUACAAAGCAAAACGAAAAAACAACAAGACUCAAGAAAACUAUAGGUUAAGUAAACAUUGGAAAUAAAAUCUGUGAUUAUAUCUUCCAUUAGAAGAUAAGAUUACUCAAUUCUUUAAGCCAGGACGAUAACACAAAAUCUGAAUAACUGAAAUUAUUGUUAAAUCUGCGAUUUUACCUGGAUACAACAGGUGGAUCACGUGGCAACGUUGUUAGAGGCUUUCGGGAAGACGAAGAUGACAUUUUGAUGUGUUUUUGUUGGUUAAAUGAGUAUUAAAUCAUUGAAUAUGAUUGGGCCACACCAUAUCUGUGUUUUGUAUGUGGCUACUGCUGGACUUCAGGGACCUCUUAUGGGAUCUGAUGAACAGGAGAUUGUCUUGCUCAUCUAUGUUAUCAUCGACCAUGUACAGAAUAAGAUCGUGGGCGUGCAACAGUACCCAAUCAGGCCGCAAACGGCGGACAUUAACGAGAACGUCCUAUCCGACCAGCUGGCCAACGAGUCGGUGCUCACCGACGAGCUCAUCAAGCAGGCAGGAAGGAGGCUGGAGGACGCCCUCGGGGAGUUCGAGGCCUACUGCUCCAGCCUGCACAUCGACCCCCACAAUUCGGGAUUCAGACUAGUCACAGAUGGACAACUACCCCUCCGACAGUGCCUUCACCCAGAAGCAUGCCGCAAAGAAAUAGAACUACCUUCCUACUAUACAGCGUUCCACGACCUAAGAAAAGAAGUAUGCAGGUUUCUUGCGAAAACAGACGAAACGCCGCAAAGUGUUGCCGACAUGUUAGAAUAUUUACAAAUUAAACCAGAGGCUGAGAAUGAAUUCUACAAAAAAGAAGCUAAAGAUAUGGUGAACAUUGUACAAAGAUUAAUUUUAGAUGGACAUAGAUUCGAUGUACCAGAAUCUAUCAAUUUGGUGUUGGAACCAGGAAUAUGUUCGAAAGACGAUGAGAUUGACAGCAACUGUGUGGUGAGAGCUAGAGGACUACCUUGGCAAAGCAGCGACCAGGAUAUUGCCAAGUUUUUCAGAGGACUUAAUGUGGCCAAGGGUGGAGUAGCACUUUGCCUGUCACCACAAGGAAGACGUAACGGAGAAGCUUUGGUCCGAUUCAUCAAUCAAGAGCACCGAGACAUGGCCCUGAAAAGACACAAGCACCACAUAGGCUCUAGGUACAUCGAGGUGUAUAGAGCCUCUGGUGAUGACUUCCUCUCUGUCGCUGGCGGCUCCAACUGUGAGGCGCAGGCGUUUCUAUCCCGUGGAGCCGCCGUCAUCGUCAGGAUGAGGGGUUUGCCUUAUGACUGUACUGCUAAGCAAGUGCUUGAAUUCUUCUCAUCUGGAGAAAACCCUUGUACCGUACUGGACGGUAAUGACGGGGUUCUUUUUGUCAAAAAGUCUGACGGCCGAGCAACAGGGGACGCUUUUGUCCUCUUUGCCAGUGAAUCUGACGCUCCAAAAGCUCUCUCUAAACAUAGGGAAUGCAUAGGUUCACGAUAUAUCGAACUAUUUAGAUCUACGACUGCCGAGGUUCAACAGGUUUUGAACAGAACGUUGGACCCUAAAGUGUACGAGACUCCCGCCCAAAUACUACCUCCAAUCCACCCUGUGCCUUUAUUGCCGCAACAUAUAAUCACUUCUGGGACAAGAAAAGACUGCAUUAGAUUAAGAGGUUUGCCUUAUGAAGCCCAGGUCGAACACAUUUUGGACUUUCUGGGUGACUAUGCCAAAAAUAUCGUCUUCCAAGGUGUACAUAUGGUCUACAAUGCUCAGGGACAACCAAGCGGCGAAGCUUUCAUUCAGAUGAAUUCAGAGCAGUCGGCCUACAUGACCGCCCAACAGAAGCACCACCGCAACAUGGUCUUCGGGAAGAAACAGCGCUACAUCGAGGUCUUUCAGUGCUCAGGCGAAGACAUGAAUCUCGUGCUCACGGGAGGAAUACCGGCUCCUGUGUCACCUGCGAAGGCGGCUCCUGCACUUCUCAGUCCCGGUGGAAAUAUGAUACCGACCGCCUUCCAUCCAGGACCCAACUUCCCUGGAUAUGCUCCAGUUCAGAUCGCUGCAACUCCACUGGGUCCGAGACAGUUCGUUCCUCAUCAGAUUAUUUACUGGCCGUAUCCCAGUCCACCGGUGUCGCCAACUAAUUAUUAUCCAACGAUGCCGCCUCCUAGUGCUAUGCCGCCGCAACAGCCACAACAAGCAAUGAUUCCUCCGGAAUGCGUUUCUUUACCUCCUAUGGGGACGAUUCCUACAAUAGAUGCAAGGCUCAUGUCUGACGGAAUCCAAAGAUCGGAGCACGAAAAACCAAGGCAAAAUUUCCCCCAGAAUCAAUACGUUGAACUGAUUAUCUAACUGACAUAUCAUUAUUCGAUUCUUAAAAGAGUGAAAAUCAACUCUGAAGCCAAACCUGAAGGCCACUUCUGAUAAUUGCCGAAGAUAUACUUUAUAAGUUAUAAGUUCCUCACUUUAGAUCCAGGAAUUAUUUUGUGGAUGGCUUACUCAUGUACUUUGUUAUUCAUCAUUUUUAUUUAAUCACCGUUUUUCAUCUUCAUUCUUUAUUUUUGAAGUUUUUCGAAAUUUUUAUCAUAUUUUAUUAUUUGUUUUUCAAAUAAAUUCUCUAUUUUUGUUUAUAUAAUAGUGACUGACACGAUUAUGAUAUCAGGUCCUCACCAUUCCUCCUAUUUCCGAUAGAUUAUCCUCAAUUCUCCAAAAAACAACAGAAUUAAGGUGAUUGAGUUUCAUCAAUUCAAUCUCACAGCCAUCACACAAUAAAUCGCAGUUACUAUAGAUAUAAAUAAAUAUUUGCUAAGAUAAUUUAAUAUAUUACAAAUUACGCAUAUAAUAUAUUUCUUGUCGAAAUCAUAAUGACAAGAUGAAGAUGUACAAGAUUUCUCUAUUUGAUUUUUUUCACAAUGUCGUUGUGAAGAAAGUCUCGAGGUUGAAAGGAUGUAAAUAUUUUUGAAACAACAAAAUUUUUAACGUCUUCCAUAAUAUAAUUGGUAGGCAAUUUUAUAUCAAUAUACAAAUCGAAUUUAUUGAUACAUAUCUUGUUUGGGAUAAUAGUUCAAUUAUAAUUGGUGCUUCGUCCAAAUCCUGACUCGAAGGAGCCCAAUGAGUUGUAGAACAACUCGUGGUAUAUAUUAUACAUACUUACCCCAAAAAUUCCCUGAAUUCAUUAGUUUAUUAGAUUUCUAAGAAAAAGUGCACUCCCACAAUGUGAUUUGAUAAGUAGUAAAAUAGUAACUGAAUCUUACACAACGAAUACAGUCAUAACUAAAACUCAAUAUAUAUUAGAAUAAAAUUAGUAGUUAAAGUGCAAUAAUUGUAGAAGUUGUGUAAUAUAUUAGUGAUAAAAAGUAGUCAAAUUGGCUAAUUUUCUUGAUUUAUAUUGUUAUCUAUAGUUAUAUUAUAUAUAUUAUUUAAAGAGUGUUUAAUUCGAUAUCAAUAACAACGUUGUUUAUUUUUUAAUGAGCAGCCAAGCAAUUUAGUCGACUAUAGUGUACCUUCUGCCGUCAAGGUCGUUUUAGAAAAGAUUAACUACUAUUAAAUGACAAUAUUUUUUAAGUAUUUAAUGUAAGAUUUAUGUAAUUGUUUUCCGAUAUUCUUCCCAUGAAGAUGACACAGUUGAAUAUUUUUUUGUUUUUGAGAACAUUCAGAAUAAUAAAGCUACCUGUUACAUAA